AUGCGGGAGCUGCUCCAGCGCCUACCACAGCCUCCGGCCCAGUGGGAGCAGCCCGGGCCCUGCACCAGUCGGGCACGGCCUUGUUGGUGCCCGGAGCCGGCGCUCAGAGCUGCUGUAGCCUCUCGGGGAGCAGCAGCACAUCCCGCUCAGGGAGCAUUGCGCGCCUGCAUCGCCGUCUUGGCAGCUGCAGGCCACGACCGCUGCACAGGGCGACCUCGUUUGCCUUGUGCUUUCUACCCUGUGCCCUUCCUUAUUCUCGUCCUUGUCCCCUUUGUCACCCUCACCCUUAACCUUGCCCUUGUCCCAUUCAUCAUCCCCACUUGGCUCCCGGCAGCCCGCCGGGGGCUUCUUGCACUUCCUGCUGCUGGGAGCUCCAAGCAGGGCCAUGCCGUGGCUUCUCAGCAAGAAGUGAUGGCAGUCGCCCUCCAGCAACCCCAGUGGGCAGCCCUGGGCUGCCACCAGCUCCAGCAGCACCUCCCAGCUCUGGGAGGAGGGGCUGGGCAGGCUGCACCACGCGGCCGCCCGCGGCGACCUGACCUGGUUGAGGUGCUGGCGCUGGUAUGUGAAGGUAGUCGGCAUCGACAGGCGAGACCAGGAGAUGCGGACACCUCUGCAUCUCGCUUCGGCCAAUGGCCAUGCAGAUGUCGUUAGAUAUCUGCUAAGAAAGAACAGCCAGCCCAACCUCUCUGACAGCUUCAAGAGAACGACA